UCAACAUCGACGACUGCUGGUCUGCCAAGCAGCGGGACGCAGCGGGACAGCUGGUUCCCGACCCUGAGAGGUUUCCCAGUGGGAUUAAGGCUCUGGCUGACUAUGUCCACGCCCGGGGCCUGAAGCUGGGCAUUUACGGCGACCUGGGCACCCUCACCUGCGGGGGCUACCCGGGUACCACGCUGGACCGCGUGCAGCAGGACGCCCAGACCUUUGCGGAGUGGGGUGUGGACAUGCUGAAGCUGGAUGGGUGCUAUUCAUCGGGAGAGGAGCAGGCAGAGGGCUACCCAGAAAUGGCGAAAGCCUUGAACGCCACAGGCCGCCCCAUCGUCUACUCCUGCAGCUGGCCAGCGUAUCAGGGAGGGCUCCCCCCCAAGGUGAACUACACCAUCCUAGCAGAGGUCUGCAACCUGUGGCGUAACUAUGACGAUAUCCAGGACUCCUGGGACAGUGUACUCUCCAUCCUGGACUGGUUCUUCGCAAACCAGGACGUGCUGCAGCCAGCAGCUGGCCCCGGCCACUGGAAUGACCCAGACAUGCUUAUCAUUGGAAACUUUGGCCUCAGCGACGAGCAGUCCCGCUCCCAAAUGGCCUUGUGGACGGUGAUGGCAGCUCCACUCCUCAUGUCCACCGAUCUCCGCACCAUCUCCGCAAGCGCCAAGGAGAUCCUGCAGAACCGCCUGAUGAUCCAGAUCAACCAGGACCCCCUGGGAAUCCAGGGCCGCAGGAUUGUCAAGGAGAAAUCCCACAUCGAGGUGUUUCUGCGCCCACUGUCCCAGGCUGCUAGCACCCUUGUCUUCUUCAGCCGGAGGACAGAUAUGCCGUUUGUCUACAAUACCAGCCUGGCCAAGCUCCACUUCCCCAAGGAUGCAGUGUAUGAGGUACAAGACGUGUUCAGUGGGAAGAUCAUCAGUGGCUUAAAGACAGGAGACAACUUCUCAGUUGUUAUUAACCCCUCGGGGGUGGUGAUGUGGUAUCUCUAUCCCACGGCGCUCCCGGCACAGCCCUGGCACGUUGUCAGACAGCAAACCCCUGGUGAGGGUUUCCGCCCUGUCCUCCUGUAA